UGACGUGUCGGUAUACGGAUUGAGCAGAGUGUAAACAAAUACCUAAUUAAAUCACUCGCAGAUAGACAUACAACUCGUAAUGCGUACGAAACGCAACAUUUUUCGUCGCCUCCGCCUUAUCUUCAUCGUGUUUUCUUCCGUUUCGUUUCCAUUCGUUCCUUUCAUCUCUCUUGUUCAUACGAUCUACAUUGCUGCAUCGUUUCAUCCUUUUUCAGCCGACCGUGGACGACGAUGGCGUCGCUGGGGAAUAAAGUGGAUGAGCAUGUCAUCAAGGUACCGCAUCAGAAUGGAGGCGGCUACAGGAACGAGGAGCUGCAACUGGAAGACAUGCAGGAUAACAACAAUGAGAGCAUCGAGGUCGAGAUGGUGGUGCCGCCGGAUGGUGGAUGGGGUUGGGUGAUCGUCGCAGCCUCCUUCAUGUGCAACCUCUUCGUGGACGGCAUCAUCUUUAGCUUUGGGGUCUUCCUGAACGACAUAUCCGCGGCAUUCGCGGUGUCCAAAGCGAGGGUGGCGCUAGUUGGCUCGUUGCAGUCUGGAUUUUAUCUUAUGGCUGGUCCAUUUGUGUCAGCGUUGGCCAACAGGUACGGCUUCCGGCUGGUCGCGAUCCUUGGAAGCGUGAUAAGUUGCAGCGCUUUCGUUCUCUCGUACUUCAGCACUUCCAUCGAGUUCCUCUAUAUCUCUUACGGCGUGCUCGGAGGUAUCGGGGCAGGCCUGAUUUACGUGCCGGCUGUGAUAACUACCGGAUUUUAUUUUGAAAGAUGGCGAGCACUGGCCACCGGGAUCGCGGUCUGCGGAUCCGGAAUCGGCGCUUUCUUGCUCGCGCCCAUCUCAGACUUACUGGUCAAGCAAUUCGGUUGGAGGGGCGCGUUGCUCUUCCAAGCAGGGAUGCUGUUGAAUUGCUCCAUUUUCGGUGCCAUGUUCCGUCCACUAAAGCCAACGAGGAUUAAGGUAAAAUCCACCCCGGAAAACGCGGGUUUAGAAGUGAAAAACAGUCUGAUGGCGAGAGGAGUGUCCACUGCGUCGUUGCACUGUGUGCAACCAGAAAGAAGCGGUUUCUUCGGGACCAACAACAAUACCGAUUAUCCCACGGCUGCUGAACUUCUUGGAAGCAACCCCAACAUAGUAAAUGCGUCCAAGUCCCUGCAUUCGCUUCAUAAGGUCCACGUGGAACUGCGAACUCUGGAGAGGAAGUUGAGCAGCUCUGAGAAGCGGCUGUCCGUCCCGAUCUAUCCCGAGUUAGACGUGAACAUGGAUGAGAAGAUGGUCGAGGAGGAGAACAAUCUCCUCGGUGGAGAUGUGGAAAGACUGAAUGGCAAAGUGCCCACGAUUCGCAGGCACACGAUCAGCGGCAGACGUCUGCGCGCGGACUCGGACUGCAGCCAGAAGUCGCUGAAGGUGGGCAACAGGCGGAACCCAUUCAACAAAGAUCCACAGAGACCGUUCUACAGAGACGACAUCUUUUAUGGCGGGUCCCUGAACAGACUGCCGCAUUACAAGUCGCAGCAAUCAUCCGUUGGUUAUCACAUGUCUGUCACACGUCUGCCUACCGCGACGGAUAUAGCUGAACAAGAAAGCGGAAGCUGCUACAUCUGUCCAGAGAGUGUUCGUCGAAUCCUGACAACGAUGCUCGAUCUAAGUCUUCUGAAGAGUCCAUCUUUCUUGAUCCUGGCUAUCUCUGGUGGCCUUACGAUGAUGGGUUUCUAUACACCCUUCAUGUACGUCCCAGAUCGAGCCCAAUUGGCAGGCAUCGAGGCCUCCACCGCUAUGUUCCUCGUUUCUGUGAUCGGUAUCGGUAAUACCAUUGGUCGUGUCGUUUGUGGAGUGGCCAGCAGCUUGCCAGGAGUUAACGCGUUGGUCGUCAACAAUAUAUUCAUCAGCGCUGGUGGGCUUCUCACCAUUUUCUCCGGACUAUCUCUCAGCCAGAGCUAUCAAUUCUUCUACGCUGCUGGUUUUGGUAUCAGUAUAUCUGUCUUUGCCUCGCUGAGAUCGAUAAUCGUGGUAGAUCUUAUGGGACUAGAGAAACUGACCAACGCUUUCGGCUUGCUUCUUCUGUUUCAAGGCGUGGCAGCUGCCAUAGGCGCGCCUCUUGCAGGUGCCUUCAUGGACGCAACCGGAAGCUACGACGCCUCAUUCUACGUGUCAGGUAGCCUCAUCUUCCUCUCGGCUGUGAUCUGUUAUCCCCUGAAGAGGAUCAACGUGUGGGAAACGCAGAAGAAUAGCGAUAAAUGCAGCGACGAUCCGUCCAAGUCCUGAUCGACAUCGAACGCCAGACAGAACGCCGUAGACUGAAGUCUAUCAUGUAUUCUCGUUGUCGGCCGACGUGUGUGUUUGUACAUACUAACGCGUAAAUAAUUUAUAACACCACUGCCCGAAUCGAUAAUUAAUCAGUGGCGACACCAGCACCGGCGUGAUCAUCGCGACCACGCAACGGGCAGAGGGGCUCGUUCGUGUUCCAACUUCGAAAUUCGAUCGAUCUAUGCGGUCUAGACGGUCUACCAGGACAUUCAGGCGAGUGCAAUAGGGGAUUUCGUGGAUCCACGAGCAGAGAGGAAUACCGUCCACACGAACUUUCGAUCUUUACGAGCGUAAAGCAUCGAAAUUUCAUUCGACUCGAGACAGUUUUAUAAGAACGCGGACCCGACAGACAUAACCUCGAGCUUUGCAUUCCCAUGGAACUUGGCUCGCGCUCCUUUCGUAUUCCGAGCAGCGUGUACGCCUCUCGCGACGCGAAGUCACCGUCGUUUUACGCUCUUUUUAAUCACCGACGUGCCUCUCCGUGAAACCUCGCGACGAGUAGUUGGAAGUCGCGCAGGUUUCUAGAUCGUCCGAUGACGAUGAUGUUCGUUGUUACGUGCCUUGUACCUCGUAGUGGCGUAGAAAUUUUAUUCGAACGUUCCCACGUUGCUCGUUGGGACGCUUCAUCGUUGUUUGUCACUCAUCGAUCUCGUGUCUGCUCCGCACGGGACUAUUCUAGAUAAGGAAGGCGUUUGUCGAUGAAGAGAUUAGCGGCGAACGAUUACUUGUAUCCAACGAGCAGAUCACUAAUUUCAUCCGGAUCUGAACCGCGUCGAUCUAUUUUUCCUAUGAUUCCACACCGCCGAAAAUUUCCAGUCGCCAUGAAUGCGAUCGCUACUCUAGUUUCCUCGAAGCAACGCUGUAAAGGCGAGUCAUUACGCUCCUUUAUCUUUCGUACAUCUUGCAUUGUUUCUAUUGGAGCACAUGCGAAAUGUGUCUCGGGAGGUAGGCGCGAAGGCGGAGUGAAUAUUCUCGUUGAAUCGAUCGAUCACGACUCGCGCUUCCGGAAUAUCUUAUGAACCGCGUUUCUAUAAUAAAUAAGCAACACACGACUACACGUGUACGGCGAAGGCGUAUGUACUUGCAUAAAUGAGUACACGUAAUCUCGAUAGACCGUGCAUCCGUUCUGGUGCAGUGCUAUUUCUAGCGUUAAUU